GUGGAUUAUGAUCGAGCUCAGAUGGUCGUUAGCCCACCACUCUCUGGGUCGGACACCUAUCCCAGGGGCCCAGUAAAGCUACCUCAAAGUCAGAGCAAAGUCAGCUAUUCAAGCAGCAGCUACCAGUACCCGCUGGUCUACCACAAAGCACCCCAUUAUCAUCACCCAUCUCUCCAGCCCAGCUCUCCCUACAUUUCCACCGCUUCCUACCCCAGCUCCCCAAGUAUCACGUCAAGUGCUUAUCCUCCACCCAGCUGGGGAUCCUCCUCGGACCAGCAGCCCUCCAGGGUGUCCCACGAACAGUUCAGAGCUGCCCUGCAGCUCGUGGUCAGCCCCGGUGACCCUCGAGAGUACUUGGACAACUUCAUCAAGAUCGGGGAGGGCUCCACAGGGAUUGUCUGCAUUGCCACCGAGAAGCACACGGGAAAGCAAGUGGCUGUGAAGAAGAUGGAUCUCAGGAAACAGCAGAGAAGGGAACUGCUCUUCAAUGAGGUUGUAAUCAUGAGAGAUUACCAUCACGAGAAUGUGGUUGACAUGUACAACAGUUACCUUGUUGGCGACGAGCUGUGGGUUGUGAUGGAGUUUCUGGAGGGUGGAGCUCUGACAGACAUAGUGACUCACACCAGGAUGAACGAGGAGCAGAUCGCGACCGUGUGCUUGUCAGUGCUGAGAGCUCUGUCCUACCUGCACAACCAAGGUGUCAUCCACCGUGACAUCAAAAGUGACUCCAUCCUUCUCACCAGCGAUGGGAGGAUAAAAUUGUCUGACUUUGGCUUCUGUGCCCAAGUGUCAAAGGAGGUUCCCAGGAGGAAGUCACUAGUUGGGACACCGUAUUGGAUGGCGCCGGAGGUCAUAUCCCGCCUGCCCUACGGCACCGAG